AGCCCACUCUUCCUGUCCCUCACCUCUCUCUUCUUUCCCUCUACCUCUCUCUCUCUCUCCCCACCCCUGAGUUUCACCUCGGGGUGCCGCAGAGCAUUCAGAAGAGAAGCACGGUAGAGAGGAAAGGAGCGAAAGAAGAGACAGGUGCAAGGGUCCGAAAGAAGAGAGAGUUUCUCGAUCUGUGCGUAUGUGUCUGAUCACUCCAGGCGAGGAAGCAGAGGCGAAGCGCGGGAGGAGAAUUAUGAGCCAGACGGAAGAAGCGGCGUUCCCCUUGGUGGCGGUCGCCGUUGAUAAGGAUAAAGGCAGCCAGAAUGCCUUAAAAUGGGCUCUUGACAACGUUGUCACCAAGGGCCAGACCAUCACCCUCAUCCAUGUCAACACCAAGCCCACAGGGUUGGGGCAACAAGAGGAUCCUGCCUCCGCUGGCAGUCAAUCGAAGGAAUUUUUUGUUCCCUUCCGAUGUUUCUGCACACGUAAAAACGUGCACUGCAAGGAUAUCAUACUUGAAGACACGGACAUAGCAAGGGCAAUCAUAGAGUUCGUUUCGCAGGCAGCUAUCGAAAAGCUUGUCGUUGGCGCACCUUCAAAAAGUGGAUUCGUUAGAUUUAGGACUACAGACACGGCUACCAACAUUUCCAAAGCUGCACCUGACUUCUGCACAGUCUACAUCAUAUCCAAAGGGAAGGUAUCUUCCAUGAGGAAUGCUGUCCGACCGCCACCGGCCUUCUCGCCGCUCCGGUCUCACAUCCAAAGCCAAGCAAGUAUAAAAGCUGAACAUGUAGACCCACCUCUCUCUUCUGGCGUCAAAGGUGAGGCAGCAUUACAGGCUCGGCAUGUGCAGAGCGAAAGGGAACCAAUCAGGUCACCAUUCACCCGGGGACCAUACGCCUACAAUGCCAAAGCACAUACGGACAGUAUAGCAAAUAGUGAUAUAUCGUUUGUGAGUGGUGGCAGACCGAGCAUUGAUCGCAUCUUUAAUCCGAGGCUGUCCAUGUCUGACGGCUUAGAUGACAGCUUUGAGAUGCAAUCACCACGCAAGUCAAUGGGUGGCGGAUACUCAUUUGGGACUGGGUUCUCUUCAAUCUCUCAAGACAGCACAUCAUCCUCUCUCAACAUGGAAGACGUGGAGGCGGAGAUGAAGAGGCUGAGACUAGAACUCAAGCAGACGAUGGAGAUGUACAGUACAGCCUGCAAAGAAGCUCUCACAGCUAAACAGAAGGCAAUGGAGCUCCAUCGUUGGAAGAUGGAGGAAGAGAGGAGAUUAGAGGAAGCUCGACUGGCAGAAGAAGCCGCCCUGGCUUUAGCAGAGAAGGAGAAAGCAAGAUGUAAGGCAGCCAUAGAGGCGGCUGAAGCCUCCAAAAGGAUUGCAGAGUUGGAGGCACAGAAGAGAAUCAAUGCAGAAAUGAAGGUGCUCAAAGAGGCUGAGGAGAAGAAAAGGGCCUUGGAUGCUUUAGCACAUACAGAUGUGAGGUAUAGGAAGUACACGAUAGAGGAGAUAGAAGCGGCCACAGAAAAUUUCUCUGAGAAGCGGAAGAUUGGCGAAGGUGGCUAUGGCCCUGUUUACAAAGGCUAUCUGGACCACACAGCUGCCGCCAUUAAAGUUCUGCGCCCGGAUGCGGCUCAAGGGAGAUCUCAGUUUCAACAGGAGGUUGAAAUUUUAAGUUGCAUUAGGCAUCCAAAUAUGGUUCUUUUACUGGGUGCCUGCCCAGAAUAUGGCUGCCUCGUCUAUGAAUACAUGGCCAAUGGGAGCUUGGAAGAUCGCCUAUUCCGGCAAGGAAAUACACCACCUAUCCCUUGGCAGCAUAGGUUCCGCAUUGCAGCUGAGAUCGGAACAGGUCUCCUCUUUCUCCACGAGACAAAGCCAGAGCCACUGGUUCAUCGAGACCUCAAGCCUGCAAACAUUCUCCUCGACCAAAACUAUGUCAGCAAAAUCAGCGACGUCGGCCUUGCCCGCUUGGUUCCCCCAUCUGUUGCGGAAAAUGUUACUCAGUACCGCAUGACCUCCACUGCUGGAACAUUCUGUUAUAUAGAUCCAGAAUACCAGCAGACCGGCAUGCUUGGUGUAAAGUCCGACAUUUAUUCUCUUGGGGUCAUGCUGUUGCAGCUGAUCACCGCAAGACCUCCCAUGGGGCUGACACACCAUGUGGAGCGCGCAAUUGAGAAGGGGACGUUUGCAGAAAUGUUAGACCCAUUGGUGACAGAUUGGCCAGUGGAGGACGCCUUGAGUUUGGCCAAGAUAGCACUCAAGUGUGCAGAGCUGAGACGGAAGGACCGGCCGGAUCUUGCUACAGUUGUGUUCCCAGAGCUUGAAAGACUCAGAAAUUUUGCAGAACAAAACAUGCAAGGCUGUGUGUUUUUGGGCAAAUCACAAACCUCAUCCAUGCACAGCCAGAUUUCCUUGCCGGAUGUCUUGAGUGGCCCUCUACCUGGACAAUCAGGAUAUGGAAGUUCGAUAACCCAAUCAAGCGCAUCAUCCAUGUAUGCGAGACGAGCAAGUGCUGCCUGAGAAGAUAGGGAACAGAUAAACUAAGAUAAAGCGGAAGGCCAUUUGCAAAUUAAAGUUUUUGAAAGGAAGCAAGCAAACAACAUUCUUGCUCUUGGUUUUUUUCAAGCAGUUUCACAGCCAUUGUGUAAGUUCAAAAUCUAUUCGAAGUUAGCUUCUCAACAUGGAGGAAAACCAAUGUGCUAGUUUAGGUUACAGAUCCUUCCCUCUGGGAACAAUUCAAAAAAGCAAUGCUCAAGAAAACAGCACCAAAGAGCAUUGCUUUUGUUAUUCCAGUUUUUUUCAAGCUACAGAUACUACUUUUUGUAAUUUCAGAUGCGUGGAAAGAAAUGGUAAAAUAAGUCUCAAGUCAAGGCCUUUGCAGGCUGGCAACAAGUCAUUAUGAAGUGCAGCUUCUCCAACAUGGUAUGGUCCAAAUCUCUAGGUAAAGAGAUAUGGUUGUCAUCCAUAAUUUCCAAAGCUGCUUAUUUAAAAUAUGUACCGUCGAUGCAACCACCACUUGUACCAUUUUACACUCCUUAAAAUUUUUGUCUCCUCCUAUUUUUGUUUUAACAAAAUGAUUGCUGCAAGCAGAGCAGUUUUUGGA